AGAAACAGGUACACAGAAACAGCUCAGUUGGUACAUCACACACACCCAGUUUCAGAUUUGGGAUACAGCUAAGUUCUUUCUCGUAUAACUGUUGACUCUUCAAUUACGUGAACCUGCACCAUCCUACGCUGGGUCGCACCGCACGCUAACAAUUUCCAACAUGUCUCACCGCAUUCAAGUACGUUUACCGACAUAAAGAAGAAACUCUCUUUCUCUUCGCCAGUUUUGGACUUCGAUUUUCAGAUCCGUGCAGAAUAUUGUUUAAUCAGACUAGUCUCUUUGGUUGACAGUAAUGGUCAAAGUACCCAUGAUUGCUGCACAGAAAAUUUGCCCAUGAAUUUAUACCCCAGUUCACCAUGAAAUUAGAAGGUAAACUGGCUUUUCGACAUUCAAAUAUUGGUCUUGAGCCUGAAUCACAAUCGUUUGUGUUCAAUGAUGAUGAUCAAAUUUCUGCUGGAUACAAAUUACAAAACCAGAAAGUGAAGGAAUAUGAGAACGGAGUCCCUGCGUUUUUAGACAACAAAGAACAAGGUUUAGAUUCAUCACAAUAUGACAAGGAUUCAGCUGCUUGUAUGACUGCAAAUCUUGGUUUUUCUAACAGCAUGAUCGGUAUGAAUAAUGAAUAUGAAGCACCAGUAAGGGACUUAGUUGAGCCAGUAUCUCGUUCUUCCAAGGAUAUAGAGUCAUUUAUGAAGUUUCCAAAUGAUAUAGAAUCAGUUAAAAGGUCCCUUUCUUCACCAAUCUCUAAUACCGCAGAGGAAAGAAAAGCAGUGGAUGUAUACAUGGACAAAACUGUCACAGAAUGUGAACCACAACUAGAAGUGUGUUACAAAGAGAGUAAUUAUCAUGUUGUCAAGGAUAUCUGUGUUGAUGAAGGAGCCCUUACCAAGGAUAAGGUCAUGUUUGUGAAUACCGUCGACGACAAGGCCUACAACUUCCCUUCUGAGAGUUAUGAAAGUAAAGAAAAGCAUGAAGACAACACCAGUAUCAAUGUACUAAACCUGCCACCAACAGAGGAGUCCGAUAAAGUUUCUACCAAUUGUGAUCAGGCCAUGGAUUUGAUACAUAAAGAUGACGAAGCAACUGGAAAAAUUUCUGCUAAUGUCAAUGAAGAGAUGGUUUUACCUGAAGAUAAGGUUUUGUUGCAAGAUUUAUUCGCCGAGGAUACUGUAUCUUCUGACCACAAGGAUGAACAGAUUUCUGAUGAGCCUGAACCACACUCCCAACCAGAAGAGUCCAAAAAUUCGGUUGAGGAACCAACAUUGGCAAGUCCCUCGUUGGCAUUGACAGAUGAUGAAUCAAAUACUGAUAGCGUGCCUCUAGAGAUUGAAAGCUUCCAUCAUCAGUUGAAUCCUUCAGCUCCUGCUGAAUGUGGUAAGGAGGAAUGCCAAGUUGGUAGCUGCAAAUGUGAUGAAAUUCUACAAACAUUAAACAAGCCAGUAGAAGGGAAGUCCGAUGAUCAGGCUGUCACCAGCCACAUUCAUCACAACUUUGGCGAGUCAAGUUUCUCUGCCAUUGGUCCCGUGUCAGGUCGAAUAAGUUACUCAGGGCCGGUUCCUUAUUCUGGCAGCAUUUCUCUUCGAUCCGACAGCAGCACUACCAGCACUCGCUCCUUUGCAUUUCCAAUACUGCAAAAUGAAUGGAAUAGCAGCCCCGUCAGAAUGGCGAAAGCUGACAGGAGGCGUUUCCGGAAGCAGUGGUGUUGGAAGGAUAGCUUUCUUUGCUGUAAAUUCUGAGAGAUUAGUUUCCUUUUCAAUAGGUUAAAAUUUCAUAUAUCAUUUAAAUUCUACAUGAGAACCAUGCUUAUACAUCUCCUUAGCCUUUGACUAGUGUGCAGUAGGUUUAGAAUGGCUAGCCAAUGUUGCAGGCAAAAGUAGUCGUUUUAGCUUCUGCUUGCCACCUUUUUUCUCUUUGCCUAUACAUGGUUUCAUUGAUUUUUUUAUUUUAUUUCAAUUACAACAAUUGCUAGUACAUAUUCAAUUUGCUUCAUCUUAUGUAUCACUAUUAUCUGAGAGCUUCUAAGUUAGCAAGUAGUUAGUUUAAUCAUUGAAGCCUCUUGAUUUGGUUC